AUGCCAACCACUGUGCUGCCCGGAGAAAAAGUCGUCCGGAGGGAUGAUAUGUAUCGAUUUAUGGUGGACUGCAUGAAGUCCGUCGGAGUUGUGGAAUCUCAUGCUGGGCAACUAGCCGAAGUGCUCAUCGAAGCAGAUGUAAGGGGUCACUACAGUCACGGACUAAAUCGACUGGAUAUGUACGUCAAUGACUGCUUGAAGAAAGUCUGCAGAACGCACGGUGUUCCCAGUAUACUUAAAGAGCGAGCGGGAUCUGCUUGGGUGGAUGGCAAAAAUCUUCUUGGGCCUGUAGUAGGCAAUUUCUGCAUGGAUCUCGCAGUCAAAAAAGCGAAGGACGCGGGUGUUGGAUGGGUGGUCGCUAAAGGGUCAAAUCACUUCGGAAUUGCCGCCUGGUAUGUGAUGAGGGCGAUGAAGGAAGGCAUGAUGGCAAUGUCGUUCACCAACACAUCUCCAGUGACAUAUCCUACCAGGUCUUCUAAACCAGCGUUAGGGACGAAUCCUAUGUGCAUAGGCGCCAACGGCACGAAUGGUGACUCAUAUGUUUUGGAUAUGGCAACGACCACAGUGGCCAUAGGGAAAGUUGAAAUCGCAAAGCGACGUGGAGAGCAAGUACCAGAAACAUGGGGUGUUGAAAGCGGAGGACAUCUCACAACGAAUCCAGAAAAAAUUCUUGCUGGGGGUGGCCUUUUUCCUCUAGGAGGAUCAGAAAUUAGCGGUGGUUACAAAGGUUAUGGGCUUGGAGCAAUGGUGGAGAUUUUCUGCGGAAUUCUUGGCGGUGCCCACUGGGGUCCGCACAUUCGCAAGUGGAUGUCAGCUACCACCGCCGCAGACCUCGGACAUUGUUUUGUUGCUGUCGAUCCGGAAGCAUUUGCGCCAGGAUUUUACCAAAGGAUGCAAGAAUUUAUAAAUACUAUGAGAAAUCUCCCACCGACUAAUGCGAAGUUAUCAGUGGAAGUAGCAGGAGAUGCUGAAAAGAAGCAUAUGAAGCUGGUAGAAGAGGUUAGCGGCAUCCCCUACCAUCCGAAUCAGAUAAAACACGCGGAUGAACUUGCCCAAAGGCUCAACGUAAAGAAGUUGACAAUCUUGAAAGAAUGUUGA